CGUUUUGUGACUGACAAAGUACUGAAAACGCCAAAUAAUCAUGACCGAGAAGAUACCUCCUUGUAUAUUAUAUAAAGGUCACGAUUCUGACUUAAUCUUUCUAACACCGUCAUCCCACCCACCUUCAACGACAUCAUGGGUGGUACGUAUUACGAUGAGGGUACGUCAAAGUACAUUGUUUCGGUCAGAGUUGCCCAGAUGACGUACUUUUUCAUGUUUCGGUUGAUUCUUUGUUCGGCAUGGCUUGGAACAAUGAUUGCCGUUGGGGUGGCAUUUGUUGCUCUGUCCAACAAAGAAACAAGAAAGUCAAAUUUGUUUCGACUACAAUGCACUUGUGUUCUUUUGACGAUCUUAUAUGAUGCAUCAGAAGUCGGUAACGUGUCAUACAGAUUAAAGACUCUCACCUUCCGUUCAAACCAAACGAUCAAUUAUGAUGCAUACACUCAUUGGACAAGCGCAGGUCACUUUGCAGAGCAUUUCAUACCAGUCUUAGCCGAUGCGGCGUUAUUGUUUAGGAUCUCAUCGUUCUUCCCUUUUCCAGUCUAUUCGAAACGUAAAAGACUCUACAUCUUUGCUCCUUUCUGGUUUUUGCUCAUUUCUCGUGCUAUCGUUAGCAUCUUGGUUGCAGCUUUCUACAGCGUUCAAUACUUCUCGGGAGUCGUUUGGGUUAAUGUUGACCCACUACCAUAUCAUAUUCCACCAAUGUACUCCUUAUCGGGAUUUAGUUAUGGUGCAACAGUUGAACUUGCAAUGGGCUCUCUUUAUUGCACGAUGGCCUCGUCAAUCUUGAUUUUCAAAGCAUAUCAAUUAGCCAAAUCACGUUUAGCGGUCAACAACAAAAAGAGAGUACAAGCUCGAAUGCGUUUCUUUGCUGAAGCUUUGUUGAUGUGUUGCAUUCCACCAAUCUUUAUCAGCAUUGCUGCGCCAAUUCAACUUCUGGCAUUUACAACGUACUCCUACUACAGAGAAAGUUUAACAUUACUCGCCAACACAAGUGUAAUCUUCAGUAUCUUGGCUACUUCAUGGUCAAGUAUUCGAGCAGAUUGGACAAAAGAUCAAACAUACGUUUCUAAUACUGGUCAAAAGUCAUCGGUCGAUGCUGAGCAAUUGCAUCAGAUGACAAUAAAUUAGGUUGGAAAGUUGGGA